GGGGCCUGACUGACCACUGGAGCAUCAUUCUCGCUGUGACUGCCUGACUGACCAGCCGCUCUGUGACCAAGUCUCUCUCGCCCAGUGACGCUCGCCCAGCCACUCUCGCCCAGCGACGCCCUCUCUCACCCAGCGACAUUCACCCAGGGACGCUGCCCCACAGACACUGACCCAGGGGCAUUCACCCAGCGACAUCUACACCCAGCGACGUUGACCCACGGGUGCUCACCCAGGGACGCCUACCCAGCGACGUUCUCCCAGCGACAUUGACCCACGUGCGCGCUCACCCAGGGACGUUUUCCCAGCGACGUGACACGAUGCCCCUACAGAGGACCACCCCCAGGCCUACCAAGCAGUCCCAGGACACCUCGGAACACGAGGAAGAGCUGAACAUUGAGCCGACCGUAUCCAUUGUGGAAUCCCAGGACAUUGCAGGCCCGAGUGGUAUCGUCGUGCAGCCGAAGAAACGAUACCGCCCCAGCAAGAAGGACAUUCAAGACUACCCGUUCACGCCAGAGGACAAGGAAGUCAUCAUGGAAUUCAUCAAGCCCCACCCUACCUUAUAUGACAAGCGGGACAAGCAAUGGUCGAAUCCCAGGAGGAAGGAGGAACUCUGGUGUGAACUGGCAGCGAGUUUCAUCGACUGCAGCUUCCAGCAAGUCCGCAAGUUCUUCGAGGCUCGCCGAACGGACUUCGGGAAGAUCGAGAAGCGUGAAUACAAGAGCGGGUCGGCUGCACGCAGCAGGACACCACGGGAGGAGGAGGUGAUGACCAGGUGGGCAUUCCUGGGAGGACACAUCGCCCAUGAACCCACAGUAGCCAGCGAUCGGUUCUCGCCUAUGUCGUCACAGAGAACUGACGCAGACGAUUCCUCUACAGACAUGUCGGGCCUAUCAGCUGCAUCGAUCCAGCGGAGGAGGCGGCUGAAGCAGAAGAGAGCGACAAACCUGCCAGAGGACCGACGGCUAUCUGCCGACAUGUCAGUUGACUCUACAGAAGGCCUGCAGACUCAACUGACACAGAUUAUGACCAGCAUAAACACACUGAUGCCACAAGCACAGGACAACACGCACCGUGACAUUGCUGUGUUCGUGCAGUACCUGACGUAG